AUGGCUGCCAACAUGAGUUCUUUGAUUGACGAUGUUCUUGAGACAGACAUCUUUGAAGAAUUGAAUCUCUCCGAAGUAGCAGUGCUGGGCGUCGGCGCCUAUGGAAAAGUCGUUCUGGCCGUCUCGAAAGACGACCCGAACGAAAAGCUGGCACUCAAAAUGUUUUCUUUAAGUGAAGAUGCAGCGGAUGAAGACGCCAGAAAGGUGGAUGAGGAAACAAAGAGAAUGUUCUGUAAGGAGGUCCAGGUCAUGAAAGGUCUCCACCACUGCAGCAUCAUGCCUCUUCUCUAUUCGGUACAAGCACCAGAUUGUUUGGCACUGGUGAUGCCAGCGUGCGAGCGUGGUGCAGUUGCAGAUGCCAUUACAACUCUACUCCCAAGUCAGCAGCUUAAAUAUAUAAGACAGCUGUGUCAGGCCAUACACUACCUCCAUGAGAAAAACACGGUCCAUCUUGAUAUCAAAGCAAACAACAUCCUGAUUGACGACGACGACAACAUUCUUCUCUCAGACUUUGGCUUCUCUCGAGUUCUUCCAAACAAGCAUGUGGAAAUCUUUGUGGACAUGUACGCCUUUGGAAUGACCUGUUGGACUAUAGUGAUGAAAACAAGACCUUCAAAAGUGGACUUUCUGGACAUCAUCAGAAACAGCUUGGGUGUGCCUUACAUAUACAGAAGGAUGGUGACUUUCCUCAUGCAACCUGACCCCGACCACAGGCCUUCCGCUGCUCAGGUCCUUGAAAUAGUUUGUAAACUUUAG